CUCCAACGAUUUUCCGCUCCGAUCAGAGAAAAAGUUAGUUUCAGAUUCCAACCUAAUUCACAAAUUUCCUUUCUCAUCUCAUGGCAACCGGAAAAAGCUGUUACGGCCGCUCCAACUACCGUUUCCUCUCCGGCGACAUCUCCGGCCACCACCACUCCUUCACUUCCGACUUACCGUUCGAACUCAACGAAUCGGACAUCUACAACUCCGGUAGUUUGAUAUCGCCGGAGAUCCGGCGAUCUCCGAUCCCGGCGAAGCGAAUCUCGAAAAAGCCGUCGUCGAAUCCAGUGGAGUUACGCGGCGGUGCUUCGUCGCUGCCGGUGAAUAUCCCGGACUGGUCGAAGAUUCUAAAGGAGGAGUACAGAGAGAAGCGGAGUGUUGAAUACGACGAGGAGGAUUGGGAGGAAAUGAGAGUGCCGCCUCAUGAGUUUUUGGCGAGGCAAACGGCGAGGACUAGGACGGCGUCGUUUUCGGUGCACGAAGGAAUUGGAAGGACGUUGAAAGGGAGAGAUAUGAGUAGGGUGAGAAAUGCAAUAUGGGAAAAAAUUGGGUUCGAGGAUUGAAAUAUGAUUAUUAGAAAGGACUUGUAGUGUAAAUAAUUGUUGUAUGGGCGUUACUGGUAAGUUUCUGGAAAAUAGAAGCUCCAUUAAUGGCUGUAAAAUAUAAUUAUUUCUUCUUCUUAUUAUUGUUAUUGAUUUUGCUGCUGGUUCUUACGU